UCAUACAACUUUGCUUUUCUUUCUUUUUCUCUCUCUCUCUCUGACACACACACACAUUGCUAGAGCAGAGACAAACGACACCGAACCAAACUCCAACUGCUUUAGAGAGAGAAAAAAAGAAAAGGUUCAACUUCUUCCAGAAAUGCUCUGAAAUCUAUCAUCAGGAAGAAGAAGACGACGACGUAAUUCGUCUGUAUUCUGACCAACCAAUCCAGCAAAUAAAUGCUUAGUCAUUGUUUCUGCAUCAAUGCUCACCGAACAACUGCACUUAUUUUAUCCAGCAAAAAAAGCUAGCAAAUUUCUCAAUGAACCCUAAAAGACUGAACACCAAAGAUUCUACUAUUGAGGAUCCUUGAAUUCAAUUCCAUUUCUCGAAGAUCCUUUGAAGAUUCUACAAAAGAAAUAAUUGAACCUCUCUGAGAAACAUAACAAGCGAAGAAAUUUAGGGUUUUGGGAAUUAGUGUGAAGAAUGGCUGCAGCAUGGGAACAUUUUGGAGAAAUCGCAAAUGUAGCCCAACUAACAGGUUUAGAUGCAGUGAAGCUAAUAGGGAUGAUUGUCCAAGCUGCUAACACAGCUCGUUUACACAAGAAGAACUGCAAACAAUUUGCAACGCAUUUGAAGUUGAUUGGAAAUCUUCUUCAACAACUCAAAAUCAGUGAGCUGAAAAGGUAUCCAGAAACACGUGAACCUUUAGAACAACUUGAAGAUGCAUUGAGAAGAUCCUACAUUUUAGUCAACAGUUGUCAAGAUCGAAGCUAUCUCUACUUACUUGCAAUGGGAUGGAACAUUGUUUAUCAAUUCAGAAAAGCACAAAACGAAAUUGAUCGAUACUUAAAGAUUAUCCCACUCAUCACUCUUGUUGAUAAUGCUCGAGUCAGGGAAAGAUUGGAGUAUAUUGAAAUGGAUCAAAGGGAAUACACAUUGGAUGAUGAAGAUAGAAAGGUGCAAGAUGUUAUCAUGAAGCCUGAUCCUUCACAUACUGAUACUGUUGUUUUGAAGAAAACACUUUCUUGUAGCUACCCAAAUCUGCCUUUCAAGGAAGUUAUCAAGAAAGAAAAUGAAAAGCUUCAUAUGGAACUACAAAGAUCACAAGCUAACUUAGAUGUAGGCCAAUGUGAAGUUAUUCAACAUCUGAUUGAGGUCACUCAAGUUGUUGCUUCAAAUUCUCAACAUGAAACAGAGCCUCAAUAUCCAAAUGUUAACACCAAUAAACAAGCUCAAGAUGAGAGUGAUAAAAAUACAAUUACAAAUACAAAGCCACACUCAACUUCAAGAAGCACAUCAUAUGGGCAUCAAGAAUGGCAUUCAGAUCUACUUGGCUGUUGUUCAGAGCCUAAGAUGUGCAUGAAGACAUUCUUCUUUCCAUGUGGGACAUUUUCAAAGAUUGCAUCUGUGGCGACAAACAGGCACAUGACUUCAGGAGAAGCCUGCAAUGAGCUUAUGGCUUAUUCUCUAAUAUUAUCAUGCUGUUGCUAUACCUCUUGCAUUAGGAGGAAGCUUCGGAUGACUCUCAAUAUCACGGGUGGGUGGUGUGAUGACUUUCUGUCACAUAUCAUGUGUUGUUGCUGUGCACUUGUUCAAGAACUGCGAGAAGUUGAAAUGCGUGGAAUUCAUGGUCCAGAGAAGACAAAAACAAGCUCUCCACCUUCGCAGUGGAUGGAAUCGUGAAGUUGAUUUGAUUAUAUGAGAAAUAGUUACAUAAGAUUUGUUGCCAUUGUUAAUAGUUAAUACCUCUCAUGGUGGUUGACUUUUUCUUUACCUUACUUUUACUUUAUGUAAAGUUGUUCUUGAUGAUAGAUUCAACGCUUCAACAAUAACUUAAUUUAAAGAGUGAGAAAUAGUGGUUUGAUAAA